CCGCUCAUCUCGCCUGUUUCUGUAAGCUGCUCAUCCGCGUGCUUAAUCUCUCGGACUGUAGCAAAACAUCUUGGCAGGCGGACCACUAGACUGGACAGUUACGGCAUGCGGGUGACGCCCAUCCCUUCCGGGCCGUGCCUGCCAUCCCGAAACCUUGCGUGCACACCUCCGGCGCUGGGCUCACUUCAGAUCUGCCCUCCGUCGUAUGUCCAAUGCGCGGCCUGGCUCAAGUCACGCGCUCUGGAACGCAGGGCGACAGGGAACAAGCGAGAACAAGCGGAACAGCGAUGGGGUGCAGUCAUCUCCUGUCGUGAACAGGGAGGUCAUUAGUGGGGUCCUCCGGAUGACCCGGCCUCGACCUCGACGUUGUAGCAAAGUCGUGAAGAUCUGACUGUUCUCAUCUUCAACUUCAUUUCGAACAUGUGGCGACCACUGCUGCUUGCUCUGUGCGCGGUGCAGGGCGCGCUCGCGCUCGCUGGAACGAAUGUGUGCAAUGACCGGAUUUGCAUCACGGCGACGCGCGCCGACAACGUCGACACUUACACGAUCCAUACGCACCCAGACAGGCCAAUCGAUCCGGAGAAGUUUGGGUGGAUGGCCAUCGGCUGGGGCCUCGUUAUGCCGAAGAGCCCGCUGGUGAUCAUGUGGCCGAAUGAAGACGGCACUUUCACUCUCAGCCAACGCAAGGCGCCGCGACACGUCAUGCCAUCCCUUGAUCCCAAUCCUCCACGGCCCGCAACUCUCAACCCUGGCAGAACCUGGUCUAACACAACCGGAACGAGUUUGAGCUUUGACAUGCCCUCAGAUGGGGCCAACAACACGAUUGUGAUCUGGGCAUUGUCUAACACGCGCCCCGACAGCACGCACCCGACCGCCGGCCUGAUUCAGCACACAUGGCACGGAGGCGAGCUCAUCAAUUUCGAGGCCGAGUACAGCGAUGUGCCCGGCCCCACGACGAUUGGGUAUGGCUCCUCCAAGGCGACCAAUAACGCUACCGGCGGACCAAGUCUAGCGCUCAUCGCCCACGUAACGUGUGGCGUGCUUGUCACCAUGCUUGUGUUGCCAGGUGGUGUCGUCGUUCCUCGUAUUACGCGCGGCAUCACCACAACGAAAUCUUGGUUCUACUUCCACAUCUUGAACCAGGGUUUCUUCGCCCUUGCGCUCGUCUGCGUCAACUUUGGCCUGGGUCUAACGUUUGGCGGUGAGAUUGACUCGGCGCACCGCAAGACUGGCACCGCACUCUUUGUGCUGGUCGUUCUCCAGGUCAUUAUCGGCGCCUUCUCGCACUUUUACAAGCCGGGCCACCGCAUGCGCCAGUACACAUUCGAGACCAAGCGUGGCCGCGGGCCAAGCAACUUCUUUCAUGUGCUCUUCGGGAUCGUCACCGUCUCGGUCGGCUGGUCAGCCUGCUGGUCCGGCUUCACGGUCGAGUGGGUGCGUCGCGGUCACGGAGUGCCGGCCUACGGCUUCCGUGUGGGGUGGGGAAUGAUCGUGAUGAUGUGGAUCAUCCUCUACAUCUUGGGGCUUAUCUUCUUCUUGCCGCGGCAGCUCAAGAUCGAGAGCGCGCAGCGUGCCACCGACUUGGCCGAGCAGAAGAAGUACUUCCCCUCCGAGUUUGACCUCAAGGUUCGCAACCAAGCGCUCACACCGUCUCCUCCUAUGCCUCUGCGCGAGGCCACACCGUCCACCACUCGUUUGCAUGGGCCGCAGUCUCCGACAAUCUCAGCUGAGUUUGGGUCGCCCGAGGGUUCGCCGAGCCUGCGCACGAGCUUCAGCUCUAGCCGCCUCCCCCGCCCGCCCAGAAUGCAGUAUUCCGCCCGCAGGCCGUCAGAUCCCUUUGCGGACCGCAGCUCUGUCAAGGGCGGCCACUUCUAAAAGGCCAGGCGCCAUUGGAGACAGCACAGAGAUCCGGAGCACGGCUGGCGACAGCGUCGCCAGCUGCCAACACGCG